AUGACCACGUCAGAGGACCAGAGCCCGGCCCAGCCUGGCGGGACAAGCGAGCAGAGGGUGAUGUUGGACUCAGUGACACACAGCACCUUCCUGCCCAACACGUCCUUCUGUGACCCCCUGAUGUCGUGGACUGACCUGUUCAGCAAUGAAGAGUAUUAUCCUGCCUUUGAGCAUCAGACAGCUUGCGACUCCUACUGGACGUCCGUCCACCCCGAGUACUGGACGAAGCGCCACGUCUGGGAAUGGCUCCAGUUCUGCUGCGACCAGUACAAGCUGGACGCCAACUGCAUCUCUUUCUGCCAUUUCAACAUCAGCGGCCUGCAGCUGUGCGGCAUGACACAGGAGGAGUUCAUGGAGGCAGCCGGUGUCUGUGGGGAGUAUCUGUACUUUAUCCUCCAGAGCAUCCGCUCACAAGGUUACUCCUUUUUUAAUGAUCCUGAUGAGACCAAGGCCACUCUCAAAGACUAUGCUGAUUCCAGUUGCUUGAAAACAAGCGGCAUCAAAAGUCAAGACUGUCACAGUCAUAGUCGAACAAGCCUCCAGAGUUCUCAUCUAUGGGAAUUUGUGCGAGACCUGCUUCUAUCUCCUGAGGAAAACUGUGGCAUUCUGGAAUGGGAAGAUAGGGAACAAGGUAUUUUUCGGGUGGUUAAAUCAGAAGCCCUGGCGAAGAUGUGGGGACAAAGGAAGAAAAAUGACAGGAUGACGUACGAAAAGCUGAGCAGAGCUCUGAGGUACUACUAUAAAACCGGAAUUUUGGAACGGGUUGACCGAAGAUUAGUAUACAAAUUUGGAAAAAAUGCACAUGGGUGGCAGGAAGACAAGCUAUGA